AUGGCAAGCCAAGGAAAGCAGAUUGCCGCCGGCGGCAAGGAGGAGACACUGGCGAACCCUCGAGGAAUUCCCACAGCCCCGUUCGUCGACAAGGUUGAGGACUAUGUCACGUCGCGCGGCGAGGUCGAAGGCACACUGCAACGCUUCCAGGAGCUGAUAUCCAAGUACCAAUUUAUGGAAAUGAACCUCCAAAGGCGCAUGGCUGGCCUCAAGGAUAAGAUACCAGAUAUUCAGAAAACGUUGGAUACGGUGCAGUUUAUGAAGCUGCGCAAGGACGAGAGCGAACCGAUCGAAACCACAUUCGAGCUCAACGACACACUAUAUGCGCGCGCGAAUAUCCCCCCCACCGAAGAAGUUUACAUUUGGCUUGGAGCCAAUGUCAUGCUCUCAUACCCCAUCAAUGAGGCCCAGGACCUGCUCGAAUCAAAGCUCAAGUCAGCAAAGACCAGCCUGUCACAUUGCGAAGAAGAUUUAGACUUUAUUCGUGAACAAAUUACGGGCCACGUUUGCGCAUUGCGUGUCGAAUAUCUUUUAAACCGGCAUAUGCACACUUCGAUACGAUGGUAUGACGAUACGAGACAUACCGCAGACCACCGGACUGCAAGGGCUUGGUCAUCAGCCGCUGCUCCCGCCCGAAACGCGAUUGCCUUGAACGACUAUGACAGCACGCGGAUACGCAAUGCCACAACCGUGACAAAGGAAGAUACACGACGUCCGAAGAUUCGCAACAAGGUCCUCGUGAAACUGCGGCAUGCGGAUGGGCAAGAGUACAGCCACAUGCAGUUCCUGACGAAAAUCUUGGAGCGCGAGAAGAGUGUCGAGCCUUGGGAACUUGCUGCUGCGCAGUCACGCGACAAUUCGAUCCCAAUCAUUUUGGCACACUUGAUAUUGAAGAACCGCGCGGCGGAAGAAACUGCGGACGGCAAGCAGCUGUCAGAGCUGCUCCCGUCUGAAACGGAGAUGGGACAAAGGAUUGAGGCCAUCAAUCAAAAGCGUCAACUGGAACAGGACACUCUGAGGUCAUGCGCACAUAUACUAUCCGGGAAAAACGACGAUCAACGUUGUCAACGGCUGUUGGAGUAUGACGGCCAGGUCCCAGUCCAUGUGCUGCUAUUUCUUCUACGACGAGAUUCGGCACUACGUGACAUCUCUACGCUCCGAAGCCUUAUCGAACGGUAUAAAGUCGACGGCAUAUUAUUACUCAAAAGCCCCUAUCCAGGAUCUGUCGCGCGAGGGCCAAAUUAUUUGAAGAUUUUAUCCCUGCUUGAGAAACACAUAGCUCGGACAGAGCCAAGACUACUAGUCAACCUUGCUGAAGCAGUCUCUUCCCAUAUGACACAAUACGUUGAGACAGGAGAUUCCGCAAAGAGAUAUGUCAAGUGCUGCCGACUUUUCAACAAUAUACUCCAGAUAUUCCAACCCGAAUCGAACUCGCUAGUGAAGCAGCUGCCUGUGGCUAAUGCCUACUUCUGGGAAUGCCAACGCAUUCUGCUGACAAUGUCCGAAACUUUUGAGCGGCCGCUGCAGGUCAAUGGGGAUGGGUUCCGCACAAUCCGAAAUACUCUGGCAGGUAUGCCAAAGAAUGAAGCAGAAAAGCACAGCGCUUUGCUGCAUGCCCCCUCUUGGCCGCCAUAUCUAACGCCCGGGGAUGGAAUGGACGAAAUAACAGACCCCGAGGCCAACUGGAGCCGGACCGUCGAGGCAGGCAUGCUCAUGCAGGAGGCUGGCUUUGCAAAGUCUGAAGCUGAUGACAGCCUGGACAUUCUAAAAGGAAUGGCACCCAAUGGAACUCCGACGAUACAGCAGCGCACGCUUGCGGGCAGCCAUCGAACUAUAAGCACGUGGGAGGCGUCUAUUCGCGCAACGCGGGACGCCCAUGAGGCGUGGGCACGAUUUAAUGAUGAUCCGAGCCAGGGUGCGACAGCCGGAGUAAACGAAUAUGCGGCCAUGUUUGAGAAACUCACACUCAGAGAAGUCGCCCCCACCAGCAAGCUACUUCCUGGAGACAAGGCACAAAACUUUCCUGCCUACCGGGCUGCCAAUCUUGCAGAUAUCGAAUGGGCAAAGUCUCGACCUCCGAGUGUCGAGGAACUCUACAGCCAGAUGCGCCAAGCUGACAUCAUACCCAGCGGGCACUGUCUAUUUAUUCUAGUGUCCAAUGCACCAGACUUGAAUACCGCGCAUCGCUAUCUUGAAACAGCUGCCGAGCUCGACCCGGAUAUUUCUAGCCUUAUAUCUCCCAAGAUUGAACGAUCUGCACUGCGGCGCGUCGGCAUGGGGCUCUUCUCCGCUUACAUCAACAUGCUCGCGAGGCGAGAUGACCUGUCUGGCUGGGAGAACUUGCAACGAGCUAUUUCCUUGGCAGAGGCGCGUCUGGGCAAUAAGCGCUCCCGCUGGGCCUCGUUGAUCUGGGGAGCCAUCCUGAAGGGCGCCUCGAGGCACCACUCGGCUCUGCGAAUGUCCCAGUCUGACCAAGUUGAGCUAAUCAUGGCCAUUGCAAAACGGAUAGACCGGGGCAACAGACUCAACCUGGCCAACUUUGCGGAAUUAAAUAAAUCUCUUCGAAAACUGAUACGGUACGAUCUGCGUAGCCUAGUCAGCGAUCUACAACAAAGCGAGAAUUCGACGUUGAUGUCUUCAUCGAAACAGCCUUUACGAGCCCUUUACGAGGCGGCUUUUGACAACGAAGGCAGAGUCAAGGCAGCUGACGAAUAUGGCGAGCGAGCGCCGCCUAUGCCAGGAACACUAAAGUCGCUCAUGGAGUACAUCAAAUCCGAAUUUGCCAAGAUGCAGGCACGAGAAAGGUCGUACCAGGCGGCGGCACGCGACAAUUACAUAUCGCCACUGGACCGCAUGCUCUCUCGCAAUGACGUGGUUCGAAGCGAGCAUGCGUUGGAGUACAUGAUGACGCUGGGAUAUGCUGGUGAAUUUGACGAGAUGAAGAAGCUGCUCUUGUUUCUUAUACACGAAUGGGGCCAAGCAGAUUUGGUGCAGGACCUGGUGGCACUUGACGAGUUACCGCCGUCUACCGACUUUUCUGAGCUCUUGUGCGUGUUUCGACUUCUCGGCGAGCCGAUGCUGGGCGGGCCCGUCGUGGCAGAGGAGGCGCAAGACGCGAUUGUUGAGACUGGGCUGCCGUGGACAUGGCCGGACACCGCGGCCGUGGAUGCCUAUAUGCAGAUGCACCAACAUGAUUCGAUUCGCCACGUCCGGGGUGUCUUGGCUUAUAUCCAGGCCCAGAAGAGGACGGCAGCACAGACACGGAUGCACCCUUUGGGGCCCAACUGUUGA